AUGUCGGAGCUGCUCGUGCGCUGGCUCAACGACGAGGUCCAGCUCUCGGUGGUCGUGACCGAGUUCGAGGCGACGUUUGCGAGCGGGUAUCUCUUGGGCGAAGUGCUCUUCAAGGCCAACCAGCAGCACAACUUUGGCGACUUUGUACCGAGCGACUCGGCCGAUGCAAAGAUUGUCAACUUUUGCCUCCUCGAGCCUUCGAUGCGGGCGCUGGGCAUCCGCUUGGACCCGAUCUUGGCGUCGAGCGUCAUGAACGAAGCGAGCGGCGCGGCCACCAAGCUGCUCUACCAACUCAAGGCACUUUUUCC